AUGGCAUCUGCUUCUUCUUUAACAACUUUCUCCGAUCUCCACCCACUCAUCAUCCAAACCCAAAUCUUACCACGACUCGACGGUCAAUCUCUCUCCUCCGUCGCAACCACAUCAUCCUAUCUACGAACCAUCACCGUCGAUGACAUUCUCUGGUCUAAUAUUUGCAAGUCCACUUGGCCCUCAAUAACCCACCCACGUAUCGACCAUGUCAUCUCCACCUUCUCCGCCGGUCACCGUUCUUUCUUCCAAGACUCUUUUCAGCCUCCAAUCACCGAUGUUAAACACCUUACCUGCCGCCGUUCUUGGUCUAAUACCCAACCAUCUUGUUCCUUAACACAUCAUCCUUGGCCCUCUGAACUUAUCUCAGCCGUCGAUAUACGCUACCAUAACAAUAUCGUUUACUCUAGAGUCGAAAUCACCGACACCACAACUAAUUUCCUGACAUCGGAGCUUAGGAUUGUAUUAAACGGCGAUCCGGCCAGAAAUCAAUCGGGUUUGGAACCCGGGUCAAUCGACAUGAAAGUCGACAGGCUAUUACACGCCGACGACGAAACAAUAUCACACCUCAAAGAAUCCGUAACAUUAAACUGGAUCCUAAUAGAUCCGACACGGAAACGAGCGGUAAACCUAUCCAGCAUCAAACCUGUUCUUGCAUGGGUAGACAACCACAUCCAUCUCCGAUACGUCAUCGUUUUACCAGGGUGUGACUCGAGUGAGAGAGUGGAAUGUAGAAUAGAGGUGACGUUGGGUGUGGGUAAAGGAGGGGUGGCGUUGCAUGUGAGGGAGGUGAUACUUCACGUUAAAGACGCGGCUUGUAAUUGUUUGAAGGGGAAGGACUUUUUGAUGAUAGUAAAGGAGCCGGCUUGGUUUUUAAGCUGUUUAGAAUUGGCCUUAUCAACCGCCUUCUCCACCGAUCUACCCACCACCAUAAGAUGUUGUCGAAGGGCGAUGCAGAGAUUAGAAAGAGAUUGAAGGAAAAUCGAUGUCAUCGCAUUGUCAUUUCCAUUAUUGAUUUCGUUUAUGUUUAUCAUCUAGGGAUUGAGAAGCUAAGAUUGAUCGAUUCAGGGAUGAUGAUGACUUUGAUGAUUUUGAUAUCAAGUUGUGUAUUUUCGAUUUCUCCGGUUUUUUUGAUCAUUUACUAAAGUUUUACAGGAAAAUUUUAGAAAUUUCCAGAUAUAAGUUCUUGAGGUUAGAGAUUAUUGAGCCGUUGUUUGAUGUAA